UGUGUGUUUAUGCUUUUAAAAUGAAAUAUUACCGUGCAAUACAGGAAGCAUGGUUAAUGCUGAUAAUACUCAUUCAUUUUAAAACCACUGCUCUAUGGAUAAGCAUUGUUAUCGCUUCAGUGGGAACCUGGCCCACUUUUACGAAGGUUGGUUUGUUUUGUAAAUCAAAUUGCAGGAAACAAAGAAAGAUGCAUUAUUUAAUCCAGUUUAAUUUUAAAUAUGGGCCAUUUAAGUUAACUGAUGGCUACAUCAAUAUGAUCCUACCAAAGAUCUGACCUCCUUCAAACCAGUAUGCGUGCAUGGAGGUGGGGAGAUUAAUUGGUCAUUCAAUGAUAAUGAGUCUGUGUAAUCAUUGAUUUAAAGAGUAGGUUAAAAACCUUGCACUCCCAAACAGCCCUUUGAUAAUCUCCUGUCUUGCUGUGUGCAGUGAUCUUCUACCCUACUGUCAUACAAAAUGCACCUUUUUAACUUUGAAAGGCUUCUUGUCUUGAAGGACCUGGUCACUGUGUCUGAGUGCUGCUGCUUGCUGAGCCCCUAGCUGCUGUUGCUGAGUUGCACAAAUACAUUUGUUUUUGCUAUUCAGUGUGGGUGGAGUCGCCGAACUAUAAUCAACAUCCUGGGGAAACUAGACCGGGACAACAGAGCAAGCUAAAGGUAUUGAUUAGCUGAGCCAUAUAUAGGCAUGUGGAGAUGCUCGCUGCCUACUGGCUGGCGACUUUCUGUUUUUUUUUCUCUUGCCAUGCAUGUGUCUGUCAGCAAACAAGCGGAGCCUGCCUGAGUGUCUGCAGAGCUGGGGCAGCACCCAGGGUGUUUGUACAGCAUCGCAGACUGCUCCUGCAGUUUCAUUACAAGCGCUGGGACCUACAGACAAGCGUGCUGUGCUGUGAAGCCACGGAAUGCACGAAGGGGAGCGGGGAAUACCAUUUGGAAUGCAUUAAGGAAGGCGGGGGAGUGAUGGACAAGCUAAGGAUGAGCUUGACAGAGUUGGACAACCUGCUUUUAGCUUAAUGUCGGAGUUUCUUCUUUUGAACAAGCAGAAGACGGCUUCCGCUGGGGCUGAUCGGAGGAGGAACGGGCAGCAGGAUUGUGAGGAUCUUCACUCUGGAGGCAGGGAGCGGAGUGCCUUGUGGAAAUGUGAAUAUAAUGAGUUCCUGCAGAGCUGCCCUCUACAGGGAACCCCGGAAACCUGCGGCAUCCUGCACCUUCCACCCUGCGCGCCGGUCCUCCACUAUGCACCUUAAGCCAUAUCCCAAGUUUCAGAAGAAGGACUUGCCAUUGGAGAUGAGCCAGGACAGCCUCCGUGGCCUUCACCCAAGCCAGCAGGGGGCGCUGCGGACUGAGCGACGCUCUAAUGCCUGCGUCACCCGGCAGCCCUGCUCACCGGGGGGCUUGCAUGGCAACGGCACGGGCAAGCGACGCCCCUUCGGGGUGCUGUCCACCAACACCAUGUGCAAUAGCAGCAGCAGCAGCAGCGCGGGCCCCAAACCCAGCGGGGAGUCCCUGUGCGCCCGGGCCAGGAAGAGCAGGGCGGCCUCUCUGAACUCCAUCACAGGGUCCCUGCUGCUGCUGUCCACCGCCUCCGAGAAUGACGAUUCCUUCAACAUCCACCGGGGAGACGAGGCCGAGGGGCCUCUGGACAUCUGGGCGGUCAUCAAGCCUGGGAACACCAAGGAGAAAAUCGCCAUCUUCGCUGCCCAGCGCUGCAGUGCCAGCAGCGACAGUAGCAGUGUUGUCAACAGCAGCAGUGCCGGAAAUGGCAACAGCAAUCUUAACAGCAGCAGCAUUAGCGUCAGCUUUAGCAACGGCAAUGGCAGUAACAGCAGCAGCCCCAGCAACCGGACGGUAUUGAUGAAAAUCAGGGGCAGCUGGGAGGUCGAGGGCUCCGUAGCCAAGCGCAGGAAACGAUCUGCGGACCCCGACGCUCUCAAGACCCCAGAGCAGCAGCAGCCGCCACAGCCGCAGCCCAACGGGACGAGGGAUUACGGGGCAAGGGAGGUGGGUAGACAGUCGGACAGCGUGGUGAUUGAGGGGGAGGGAGGAGAGGACGGGGAGGGGGGGAAAGCCCUGUCUGUGGUGGAGAUGGUGGCGUAUUUAGAGCAGAGGGCCAGCGAUCUGCUCACAGACUGCACCAAACACUGCCCUGUGCGCGGCUCGGGUUGCGUCGGGCAAUCGAAGGGGGGGACCGCAGUGGAGCAGCAGUCUGUUUCGGAGAGCUCAGAGGAGAGCCAGGGGGACUGCGUCAGGGUGCUGGAGAUGGUGGCCAAGCUGGAGUCGGAAUGCCUCAAGAGGCAGUGUGAGAGGGAGGCCAGCGGGGGGCUGUCCCGCAACAACAGCUUGCGCAGGAACGUGGGGAGGGUGCUACUAGCAACAGGGCAGGCUCCCCCACUCUCCAUGCAGCAGCAGCAGGAGCCAGAGUCUGACCCCCAGCAACCUCCUUACCCUCAGCAGGGUCAGAGCUGUUUGUUGGAGGAGUCUCCUGACAAAUCCAUCAGGAAGAGCCCCAAGAAAAAUGGGGUUUGCUGUGAAACGCCGGGUUCAGAAACUGCCAGUUCGGUCUUCAGGACAAGGGAGGGGAGCUCUUGCUGCGAUGGCAGCGUGGAUUUGACAGGGCCUCCGCGCUUGGAUUAUAGGUCUAAGGGCUGUUCCGAAGAGGGGGUGGAGCGGCAGGGGGAGAGGAGGAGGGGGGAGGAAGGUUGCGCUGGGGAGUCCUCCUAUGUAAUGAAGGAGGAGGACUCGGGUGUGAGAGCCGGGCUGAAGCAGGAGAGGCGAGAGGAGGAAGAGCCCCACGUCGGCCAUCGUGAGGAGCAGAUUCCCGGGAUGCUGUUUUUCAGACAGACUCCGUCCUCGACUGUACAGGACCAGCUCUCGCAGCCACCAGCAGCAGCAGCAGUGAAGAAAGAAGAGGAGGAGGAGGAGGAGAAAGCAGAAAAAGAAGAAAGUAGAGAAUUGGAGCAUUCCAUGGACUCUGCCCCACAAAGAGACUCCACCCCAGCAGAACUGCCCCCACCCCUGUCUGGGGAGGUGGUAGAGACAGACAGCGAAGGCGCGUCCCAGCAGCGAGAGACGUUCCCUCUGCGCAGGCUGGUCUCCCACGAGUUCUUGGAGAUGCGCUUCAAGAUCCAGCAGCUGCUGGAGCCCCAGCAGUACAUGGCCUUCCUUCCACACCACAUCAUGGUGCAGAUCUUCCGCUUCUUGCCCACGGAGACGCUGGCCGCGCUCAAGUGCACCUGCCGCUACUUCCAGUUCAUCAUCGAGAGCUACAACGUGCGGCCCGCCGAUUCCCGCUGGGUGUGCGACCCCCGCUACAGGGACGACCCCUGCAAGCAGUGCAAGAAGCGCUACGGCCGUGGGGAUGUGUCUCUCUGCCGCUGGCACCCCAAGCCGUACUGCCAGGCGCUGCCGUAUGGCCCCGGCUACUGGAUGUGCUGCCACGGCUCCCAGAAGGACGCGGCGGGCUGCAGCGUGGGGCUGCACGACAACCGCUGGGUCCCCGCCUUCCACAGCUUGAACAUGCCAAUCUACAAGAGAGUGCGGGGGGCUGAGGAGAACACUUCAUAGGGGCACUGAGGGUGGGAAAAGCAGGAGGAGGGAUGUUGUGGUGGUUUUUUUUGUGUGUGUGUGUGUAUGUGUGCGCGAGCGUGCGUGAUUGAGGCCAGGUUGUUUUCUGAUCAAUCUCUGGGAGAUCUGAGCGUGUUUUAUGUAAUAUUACAACAGCAUUAUUGCAUAAUUAACACGUUGAUUGCUGCUUGCUGCUACCCCAUGGUUUUUGUUCGUAAUAAAAAAAAAAUAAAAAAUGCCUCUGGCAUGCUUUAAUAAUGAAUUCAGUGGGUAGUGGCAGGACAGGGCUGGGGUGAAGCUGGGACUCCGAUGUAGCUAGCGUCGGCAUAACACACAGACACUGUGUCGAAGAUGCCAGAUGAGUGGCCUGUAUCUCCUUGUUUCAGACCAUGAGUGACGCACCUCUCCGUUUCACACACUGUUCAAUUUGGAGAUACGGAAAUUGCGGUUUCAGCAUUCUGAUCUACGAUCUACGAGCAAAGUUAUGUGUACUGUAAAAAAUAUAUUUUACUGGCUUGGCAGUCUGACACAAAGGGUGAGAGAUUUAUAUGAUAUAUUCAUAGCGUAUAGAGAAUACAUUGUCUGUUAAUUACCUUUAUUUUUAAUUUGAUAUUGACAGUUUAGAGGUGUUUUCUUUCUGUAAUUCGGAGUGGAUGGAGCCUGUCUCCUCCCUUGCGCUGUUUACAAUGUAUAUAAUAGUGAGUCCUAUCAAUUCAUACAGGGUGAGGGGCUAUGCAUGUACAGUACUUGAGAGCUCCUGCAACCCACUGUGGGUCAAGCACAGGAUUCUACCCCUGCCUUGUAAAUAUUUAAAGAAAUAAUCCAAGUUGUACAGAUAUAUGUAUAUAUAAAGUAUAGAACUGGCACAGCCACUUAACCACUACAAUGCAGCUAUGCGAGCAUUGCAGAUAUUAGUGUGUUUGGUUUUGCGUCUCUGUUUUUUCUUUUUUUAUGUUAUUCUCCUAUCUAUUAUAAUCUUUUGAUUCUGAAAAGACACCUAAAUAAUAUGGAGUUCUAAACUGUGUUCUUUUUAUUUGUGUAUGUAUGUAUGUAUGUAUGUAUGUAUGUAUGUAUGUAUGUGCGUGUGUGUAUACAUAUAAUAUGAUUACGUUACACAUGGAUACAGCUAUGGUCAAACGUUUUGCACCCCUAUAGAAUUAACACAUUUUGCUUCAUUAAGUCGAAUGAAACCUGCUGCACAAUGUUAACAUAUUGAAUUGCACACCGCUUUGUAGUUUUUCAUAUACUUUACUUUUAAUGGUCUCAAUCCUAAAAUUCUAGGUGACGCUAAACUUUUGGCCAUAGCUGUAUAUAGGUGUGUAAGCUAUGGCCAAAAGUUUAGCAUCACCUAGAAUGUAAAACUACAAAGCGGUGUGUAAUUAAAUAUGUUAACGUAACAUUAUGCAGCAGUUCAUUCAAUUUUAAAGAAGCAAAAUGUAUUAAUUCUAUAGGGGCGUGGUGUGUUCUUUUUAUUUUUAUUAUGGACAAUUUUAUUUGGGCCUUGAUCAAAGGAAAAGAAAAACACACAGAGAAAUCAAGCUAGCAGAUGAAUUUUAAAAGCAUUAUUGUAUAAUGACACAUUACGAGAAAAUACUUGUUUUGCCUGUGAGGGCGUGUUUUACUUCAAUAAAGUGUGCAUUCUUAUGCCUUGUCAGCUAUU